CGCCGGCUCCUUGGCCAAUCAGCGCGGAGCCCGAGGCGCUGCCGCGCGCGAGCCGAAGCCCGGGCGGCUCCUCCCGCGGAGAGCCGAACCGGACCGAGCCGAGCCGAGCCAAGCCGAGCCGGGGGCGCAGAGCGCGGGAGGCGGCGGCGCGGAGCCCAGGCAGCAGUGCUGCCGAUGGAAGUGCUCCGGUCUGGCGGAUGAAGUUGGUACACACACCAUGUCAUCAUGUGUCUCUAGCCAGCCCACCAGCGACCGGGCGGCCCCCCAGGAUGAGCUGGGAAGCGGGGGUGGCAGCCGGGAAAGCCAGAAGCCCUGCGAGGCCCUGCGGGGACUCUCCUCCUUAAGCAUCCACUUGGGCAUGGAAUCCUUCAUUGUGGUCACGGAGUGUGAGCCAGGCCAGGGUGUGGACCUCAGCCUGGCCCGGGAUCAGCCUCUGGAGGCUGAUGACCAGGAACUGCCCCUUGAUGCAUCAGAAUCUGAGGCACGGCCCCUCCUUUCUGGUCGUAAGAUGUCCCUGCAGGAGCGAUCCCAGGCUGGGCCCACGUCCGGCAACAGCCUGGACAUGAACGGACGCUGUAUCUGCCCAUCCCUGUCCUACUCACCAUCCAGCUCCCCGCAGACCUCCCCGCGAAUGCCCCGGCGGCCCACGGUAGAGUCACACCACGUCUCCAUCACAGGUUUGCAGGACUGCGUGCAGCUGAAUCAGUAUACACUGAAGGAUGAAAUUGGAAAGGGCUCCUAUGGCGUGGUCAAGCUGGCCUACAAUGAAAAUGACAGUACGUACUAUGCGAUGAAAGUGCUGUCCAAAAAGAAGCUGAUCCGGCAGGCCGGCUUUCCACGUCGCCCCCCACCCCGAGGAACUCGCCCAGCUCCAGGGGGCUGCGUCCAGCCCAGGGGCCCCAUCGAGCAGGUGUACCAGGAGAUAGCCAUCCUCAAGAAGCUGGACCACCCCAACGUAGUGAAGCUGGUGGAGGUCCUGGAUGACCCCAACGAGGACCAUCUGUACAUGGUGUUUGAAUUGGUCAACCAAGGGCCUGUGAUGGAAGUGCCCACUCUCAAGCCACUGUCUGAAGACCAGGCCCGAUUCUACUUCCAGGAUCUGAUCAAAGGCAUUGAGUACUUACACUACCAGAAAAUCAUCCACCGGGACAUCAAACCUUCCAACCUCCUGGUGGGAGAGGACGGGCACAUCAAGAUAGCCGACUUCGGUGUGAGCAAUGAGUUCAAGGGCAGCGACGCCUUGCUGUCCAACACCGUGGGCACACCUGCCUUUAUGGCACCUGAGUCGCUCUCAGAGACCCGCAAGAUCUUCUCUGGGAAGGCCCUGGAUGUUUGGGCCAUGGGUGUGACUCUGUACUGCUUUGUCUUUGGCCAGUGCCCGUUCAUGGAUGAGCGGAUCAUGUGUUUGCACAGUAAGAUCAAGAGCCAGGCCCUGGAGUUUCCAGACCAGCCUGAUAUAGCUGAAGACUUGAAAGAUCUGAUCACCCGAAUGCUGGACAAGAACCCAGAGUCCAGGAUUGUGGUUCCCGAGAUCAAGCUGCACCCUUGGGUCACGAGGCACGGGGCCGAACCAUUGCCAUCGGAGGACGAGAACUGCACACUGGUCGAGGUGACCGAAGAGGAGGUCGAGAAUUCAGUCAAACACAUUCCCAGCCUGGCGACUGUGAUCCUAGUGAAGACCAUGAUUCGGAAACGCUCUUUCGGGAACCCAUUUGAGGGCAGCCGGCGGGAGGAACGUUCCUUGUCAGCACCUGGAAACCUGCUCACCAAAAAACCAACCAGGGAAUGGGAGCCCUUGUCUGAGCCCAAGGAAACAAGGCAGCGAAGACAGCCUACGGGGCCCCGAGCCAGCCCCUGUGGGGGACGAGGAAGUACUCUUGUGAAAGGUGGUCCCUGCGUGGAAAGUUGGGGAGCUCCGGUCCCCGGCUCCCCACCACGCAUGCCUCCGCUGCAGCCUGAGGAGGCGGCGAUGGAGCUGGAGUAACUGCCUGGAUCACCCGACCUCGCAUGCCUGGCUGUGUGGCCCUGCACGGGUCUGCUGCACCCUGUGUUUCCAUAGCAGCAUGUCCUACGGAAACCAAGCACGUGUGUAGAGCCUUGACUGUCAUCUCUGGUUAUCCGGGUUGUUUGUUUGUUUGUUUGGGGAUUUUUGGGGGGUGUGUGUGUGUGUGCGUGUGUGUUUGUGUGUGUAUGUGGUUUUUCUUUUUUUUUUUUCCUUUGUUGUCUAAGGGGACAAAGAAAAAAAAAAGGACAUGACUCCAUGACGUCGACUUUGGCUGCUGGCUGGCCGGACCGGCGGGUGAGGAGUUGCAAACCCAGACCAACAUGCAUUUGGGGACAUUUGCUUUUUAAAACAUUUUAUGCCAAAACAAAAACGCUUCAUUGUUAAUUCAGAACCAUGUCGGAUGUACCAAGUGAAUGUGUGUGGGGUUUGAGCUGCGUGGAGAGUCAGGUGGGGGACUCCUGCUGGCUGGGGCGGCGCUUGAGGGAGUGGAAGGCUCAGCGUGACCCUUCCGGGACUAUGGAAGAACAGGGCUAGCCCUCAGGAGCUGCGGGGAACUUCAGUGUAAUUUAUUUGUAAUGAAGACUUUUUAAGUUUGUUUUUUUUUUUUUAAUGGGUAAAAUUCUAGUCAGGAAAGCUAAAAGGGCUUGCAUUUGAAGUGCUCGAGGGGACUCUGCGACCCUGAAAGAGCACUCGGCAGCUGUGGUGGCAAAGGCUUCACGUUAGCUGCUCACGGCGGGUUUCUGAGGUCAUCAGCUCAUUUUCUCUGUAAACUGGCAAAGACCUCGGUGAAAGCCUGCGCUUUCGUGUACGUUACAUGGCUUAGACUCGGCAGAUGUUCCCACGUCUCUAACUAGCCUGGAUUCUGGAGACAUCCACAAGGUACAUAUUGGAGCUUCCAGGGUCUGUCACCUUCCGCCAUGCCAUUGUGUGAUGGGGACUGAGCGCCAACGAAACCUGUGCCUGUAUAUUAACGCUUUGCUUGUUUGUUACCUGUGUGUUCUAGAGACUGUAAGGUUUCUUCCCUCUUAAAUACUGUCUGGUUGAUACAGUCAAGGAAACAACACUUUCCUGUGGACAGUGCUGUCACUCAGCUUAGGCACAAAUGACUGUCCUUAGGAUCAGAGCUUUAGUGUGACCCACACAGUGACAUCAGGGUGCCAUUGUACAGAAAAGCAUCAAAACCCAGAACGUUCCUCAGGGCAAAGGACCUUCUUUUUUUCCUUUGGUAGCCGGAGGCCUAGAGAGUAAACUUGGACCUUUUUGACUUCCAGUCAAUAUGGAAGUUUGAUAGAGGUUUGGGCAAGUACCCAGGGCUGCAGAGGAAGACAUGAAGUUUAAGGGGCCUUCCAGACUCUGCUUUUCAUCUUUUGGAAUGAUCUGGUAAUGAUUGUCUCGUCAGUAACCGGGCUCAGAAGAUCGCUUUCUGGGAGUCUCUGCCUGGGAGCCUCCGUGCAGGUCUCCCUGCAGAGGCCGGAGUGAGCCCAGGCGUGGCUGACGUCAGAGGGUUUCUUAAGCUCUUGGCUGUGGUUUUGCCAGGCCUUUCUUGCUGUCACAUAAGCAAUUAGAAUUGGAGCAAAGACUCCAAUGCGUAUGUGUGUGCGUGUGUGGCUGACCCUCUCACCUGCUUGCACUGUCUCUGUGACCAAGGACUUCCUCUCAGUUUCCCUCUUUUAAAUUUAAGGAGAACUAACCCAGUAGCUUUAACCCUUCUGGCCACAGAUGGGGUUCGGCUAGUUUGCAAUAAGCACCUUGUGGUAGUUAAAGCUAACAGGCCCUGAGGCUCAGUCCCAGCCUGUCUGCCUGGACUCUGGCUCAGCCUAGUGGCCCGCCUGGGAGGACAGGCAUUGUGUGGAGCUCUGCAGAACUCUUCUUGUGUUUACACAGCCCUGCUGGGCAGUGCCCUUCCUCCCCACCAGGGAACUUUCCAUCUGAGAUGUCGGAAGUGGGUUGCCAGCCUUCAGGCAGCACUGGGGUUGAGAAGUCCACAUUGGGUAACUUUUUUCUUAAACAAUGAAACACCAAAGAAAGCUGUGGAAAGGAGCACCCCUCGCUCCCAUCCUGCCUCGCUGCCUGCCAUGGAAAGUGUAAGAGAGAGGUCUGGCCGUGACCGAGCAUUAGAGCACAAACAUUGUUUUCAAAAGCAUUGUCAGGCUGCCUCGGCAACUUUUGUGUGGGCAGUUCCUUCUGUGCUGGUUCAUCCAUGAUUAAUAUAUAGGCAACCCUGGCCCGCACCUACGCCUUGAAGGAAGCACAAGUCUCUCCCCCCACCCUUUUCUCUGUCUUUUCUGCCUCCCUGAUACAUACCAGUGGCCCCCAGACACCUUACAGAGCCCCUCAUCACUUAGGGCUACAGAGGCCAGCUCCCUACUGGUCUGGCCUUUCCAGGGACAGAGCUCUUGUCCCUGAACCUUCCUAGAAUGAGAACAUCUGUACCAGUUGACACCAGGUUAGGCCCGCGCCCUCGCCCAUCUUCUCGAGGGCUCAUUGCCAGUGCAGAGCCAGAGCCUCCAUUGCUCCCAAGGUGCUAGGGAAGAUUGCUGGUCCCUUCUUCUCCAGCUUUGUAAGCUGAGUGUCGUGGGACUUUGAACUUUUCCGUUAGGUGACUGAUGGCCUCUGCUUCUGUUUGAUUGCCCCGGACCCUCUCUACUAUGCAUUUUCCUUUUAUCGGGUGUACAGAGUUAAAUACUGUGUAUUUAUCACUUACAAGUACAUGAUCUGAAGAGAAAAGAUAAGUUGUUUGCCCACAGGUGAUUAAGCUUCUCUGUAAACUUGAAAUAAACAGACAGCAAAAUG